GGGCGGGGCAGCCCGGGCCGGGACCUGGGAAAGUGAGAGGCUGGGUGCGGCGGGCUAGGAGGAAGAGCCUGAAAAGAACAAGUACGAGGAAGGAGAGCUGCGGAAAGAACAGGAAACAGCAUGUACACACGCCUCCCCCAGAGUGGCUCCCCGUUCCCAGCCUCGGUGCAGGAUCCCGGCCUGCAUGUAUGGCGGGUGGAGAAACUGAAGCCAGUGCCCGUAGCACGUGAGAACCAGGGCGUCUUCUUCUCGGGGGACUCCUACCUAGUGCUGCACAAUGGUCCGGAGGAGCUCUCCCACCUGCACCUGUGGAUAGGCCAGCAGUCCUCCCGGGAUGAGCAGGGGGCCUGUGCUGUGCUGGCCGUGCAUCUCAACACCCUGCUUGGGGAGCGGCCCGUGCAGCACCGAGAGGUGCAGGGCAAUGAGUCCGACCUCUUCAUGAGCUACUUCCCACGUGGCCUCAAGUACCAGGAAGGCGGAGUGGAGUCAGCAUUUCACAAGACCUCCCCAGGGGCCGCUCCAGCUGCCAUCAAGAAACUGUACCAGGUGAAGGGGAAGAAGAACAUCCGGGCCACUGAGCGGGCACUGAGCUGGGACAGCUUCAACACCGGGGACUGCUUCAUCCUGGACCUGGGCCAGAACAUCUUCGCCUGGUGUGGUGGAAAGUCCAACAUCCUGGAGCGCAACAAGGCCCGGGACCUGGCCCUGGCCAUCCGGGACAGUGAGCGGCAGGGCAAGGCCCAGGUGGAGAUUGUCACGGAUGGGGAAGAGCCCGCUGAGAUGAUCCAGGUCCUGGGCCCCAAGCCAGCUCUGAAGGAGGGCAACCCCGAGGAAGACCUCACAGCUGACCGGACAAACGCUCAGGCCGCGGCUCUGUAUAAGGUCUCCGAUGCCACCGGACAGAUGAACCUGACCAAGGUGGCCGACUCCAGUCCCUUUGCCCUCGAGCUGCUGCUGUCGGAUGACUGCUUCGUGCUGGACAACGGGCUCUGUGGCAAGAUCUACAUCUGGAAGGGGCGAAAAGCUAACGAGAAGGAGCGGCAGGCGGCUCUCCAAGUGGCUGAGGACUUCAUCUCCCGCAUGAGAUAUGCCCCCAACACUCAGGUGGAGAUUCUGCCCCAGGGCCGGGAGAGCCCCAUCUUCAAGCAAUUCUUCAAGGACUGGAAAUGAGGAUGGGCGCCCCCCGCCUCCUGCCCGCUUUCUCCUCCUCUGGCUGCCUGGUCCCUGCGGAGGUGGCCCCGCGGCUGUUCAAUAAAGGAGACAAGUGCUUCCCCCGC